CGUUGCUGUAAAAUGCGCACUAUUCUCACAGGGUAUUUAUUCUUACUUCAAGUCCCAACUGUUGAAAGUGGAAGUGCUCUCAGGUAACAGAAAGUGACGUUAUAGAUUUGUCCUUUCUCUGUCAGUCUGUUCUCGCUACAAGCUGACAAUGAGCUCGGAGAAGCUGCUUAACGUAAGCGAAGUUACCGGCCGGGCCCGCCGAGACCGACCCGCGGCCCGACCGGUGACGGUGGCCGUGGCGGCCGGGGCGGGGGUGCUGCUGGUGGCGGCCCUCGUCUUCCUCGCUCACGAAGUUAAGCAUGUCCGUGAGAAGUCCUCGAAAGACGUGUCUCAACUGAAAGACCAGAUCCUGAUGCUGAAGGAUCGUACCUUGGCCAUGGAGAUCAAGCAAAGCGCCGCUAGAGGAGACAAGGAGGAAGCGUCCUCGCACAAGGAGGAAGUGACGGCCCUGAAAAUCCACCUGUCGUCCCUGCAGACUCAAUUAGACAGCGAACGUGCGGAGUUACAGAAGGAGAAAGCUGACGGGGCGUCUCUGAGGGAGAGACUGGCUGUGCUGGAAACCAAGUUCCAACUCGGGCAUGCUGAGGAACACAACUUUCGAGAGGACGAGAAGCCGAACCAAGCUGACAGUGUCCCUGAACACAACGUCACCUUGCGGAGGUACAGGCGCUCCGACAACUCGGUUACGACACCUGCAGGCCUCUUUCGUGGUCCUGAAGGGCCGGCCGGACGAGACGGGCGGGACGGCCGUGAUGGUGUUCCCGGUCCGCCCGGGCCUCCCGGUCCGCCUGGUGGAUGUGGAGGGUGUGGAGGACAAUCCUGCCAACAGCAGCCGUGCAUUGCAGUACCACUGGGUAUGGAGAGCGGCGCUAUUCCUGAUGGCCACAUCACUGCAUCCUCCACGCACCCGGAUUGUGCCACCAGCAAAGCUCGCCUUCAUUCCCGGGAGGAGAGUCGCACAAGCCAGGGCGGAUGGGCAGGAGCCUGGUGCGCCAACGGCCCGCUGAACACCAACCAGUGGCUACAGGUUGACGUGGGAGCAGAGACUACUGUAGCUGGAGUUAUCACUCAGGGUAGACCUGGUUCGUCAAAUCAGUGGGUGACCUCCUACAAACUACGCUUCAGCAGAGACGGAGUCACCUGGUCUACAUACCUGGACAAACUGGGACGUGAGAGGGUUUUCCCUGGCAACUCCGAUCAGGACACCGAAGUGCGCCACCUGUUGGAUCUGCCGGUAACUGCACGUUACGUCAGGUUCUGGCCGCAGACAUGGAAUUCUCACCUCAGCAUGCGGGUGGAGGUCUUGGGACAGGACUGCACCGGUGACUAGACGCAGCAUGUAGAGAUUUCCAAAGCACAGAUUUGCACAUAACAGGAUGUAUAUAUAUAUGUGCAUGUAUCUGUUUCGCAGUUUGAAGUGAACCUCCAGGUUUCUUCUUUUACUUAUUGUGAUAGUUUACAGCAUUUAGUGUUUUCUUAUUGUUAUCACCUUUGAUUAUCAUCUCAGUAAAAAAAGUAAUAUUGUUUUUGGUUUGUUUGUUUGGUUUUGUGUUUGCAGUUAUUUGAGGUGGCCUAGGUGGGUUCAGAAACAGUACAUGUACCUCAUGAGUCAUGGCUACACUAAGAGUUACUUGACGUAUUUAGGUUUACCCAUUUAAAGCUUGUGACAACAAUGUUCAGCCUAUUUUAUACUAAUACCAUGCCCUGGUGAUUACAGCAUUACAUUUUGUAUUGUAGCCGAUGGGUAUUGUGUACUGGCUUGAUGAAGAUGUCAAUGGCUUUAAAUGAUGACGUUAAAAAGGAUUACUAAAUUCCUUGUUUCUAUAUCCUGGUGCUGCUGUCUGUUCCUAGUUACUACACUGUCUUUAGUCGUGGAGAAAUUUUGACUUAUGUUUGCAAACAAGGAGAUGAUAAAAUACAAAUGUAGUUACUUCAUUUGUGCACUCAGAACCUAUCAGGUAUUUAUGGUCAGAAAUAAAGCAGA